GCGCCUAUGGGGAAAGAAAUGUGUCAGCCACUCUUUGUAGGGGAUAUGACCUAGGAAGGGAAAUCUGUGCCUUGAACUGGAGUGACCCCCUCUACAGAUCCUGUUCCCUCUCACAGGCGAGAAAAGCCCAGCUCCAGAAGUCACCGCAUCUGUGUGGCUCACAGAAGUCUCUUGCAGCUGCCAGCCUGAUGUCUCAAAAGCUGUGGAUCAUGGGUGCCCCUGCCUCCCUGGUAUCCUCGGAGGACUUGAAGAACCCAGAGUUUGUGGGUGAAGGCGGGUUCGGCACAGUGUUCCGGGCACAACAUGAGAAGUGGAACUGCGAUGUGGCUGUCAAGGUCGUAAAUUCAGAGGCGCUGUCCAGGGAGGUGAAAACCAUGGCAAGUCUGAAUAACCAGUACGUGUUGAGACUGCUGGGAGUGACGAGGAACCUGCAGUGGGACAGCGUGUCUGGGCCAGCUCUGGUGACACAGUUCAUGGAGAACGGCUCCCUGUCGGGGCUGCUGCAGAGGGACUGUCCUCGGCCCUGGCUGCUCAUCUGCCGCCUCCUGAAGGAAGUGGUGCUUGGGAUGAGUUAUCUGCACAGUUUGAACCCAGUGCUACUGCACCGGGACCUCAAGCCCUCCAAUGUCCUGCUGGACACAAACCUGCAUGCCAAGUUGGCAGAUUUUGGCCUCUCCACAUUUCAGGGACGGUCACAGUCAGGAACAGGGUUUGAGUCCCAGGAGCUGGGAGGCACCCUGGCUUACUUGGCCCCAGAAUUGUUAGCUGAUAUAAACAAGAAGGCCUCCAAGGCCAGUGAUGUCUACAGCUUCGGGAUCCUCAUGUGGGCACUGUUAGCAGGGAGAGAACCUGAGGUUGUGGCGCAGGUAUCACUGGUCCAUGAAACAGUAGUGGAGAAGCAGGUCCGGCCCCCGCUGACCGAGCUGCCUCCACCCAGCCCUCAGACUCCGGGCUUGGAAGAACUGAAGACGCUGAUGCAGUGCAGCUGGAGCCAUAAGCCCAGUGAGAGGCCCCUCUUCCCAGAAUGCCAGGAAACAACCGAAAAGGUCUAUUCAGGGGCACAUGGCAAUAUGGAUGCUGCCAUCUCUGAGGUGACAACAUUUCUGUCUCAGCACAGGAGCCGCAAUAGGAGGUUGUCUGCCCCACAGCCAAGCCAAGAAGGGAAAGAAGUGGAUGGGGGAGCCACCGGAAGCCAGUCCUCAUGGACUGAUUCCACACUUUCUGAGAGUCUGACCCGCCUGGAGCUGAAACAUUCCCCCACCCCAGUUCCUAAAGAAUACACAGGCCUGACUGAGGGGAGCAGGGCACAGGAAGAGCAGGUUCCGCACGCCAGGAGAGCAGGGGCCUCUUCAUAUUCAAUGGGCCAAAAUCUCCAGACUCCAGAGACCUCACCUUUCACAAGCCAGGCAGGCAGGCCCAUUUUGACUGGAACUCCAAGUCCUGGCCCCCAAGGGGAUCAGGAAGCUAAGGGACACGACACCAACUCGUCCUCUAGGGCUCCAGAGCCAAAUCCACCAACAGUGGCCGGUAUGUGGAUCCACAACAGUUGUGUGCAAUUCGGAAACAACAACUACAUGACAAUGCACGAAGCUCCCUCGACCUCAGUACCCUUUAGCAUGGGUAAACGGGGGCAACACCCCCAGAAGUAGUUCUGAAAGAAGGCCUGCCGGAACCUGGAGCCUGGAGUGGGCCACUGUCCGUAUAAAGUGAGAAGUGAAGCGCCUCCUAGGCCGCCUGUAGGGUUGGGGACAGCCCGCGGCCCCCCUGCAGCCCUCUGCUUUCUUCAAGUGUGGUCCCUCCUGUGCCCACACUGACCUUGUGAUCGGCGCCGCGCUCCUGUCAAGUCAAUAAACGCGUUUGAACGUCA